AUGUGCUGUGAAACAAACAGGAGGUUCUUGCUGCUUUACGCAUCCCAGAAGGGGCAGGCAAAAGCCAUUGCUGAAGAGAUCUGCCAGCAAGCCAAGGAACGUGGAUUCAAAGCUGAUAUUCACUGCAUCAGUGAGGCAGACAAGUAUAACUUGAAUAGUGAAAAGGACCCUGUGGUUAUCAUCACUUCCACAACAGGUGAUGGAGAACCGCCAGACACAGCAGUCAAGUUCGUUAAGGAAAUUAAUGACAAAACUCUGCCACUGAAUCACUUUUCCCAUUUACGAUAUGGAUUACUUGGUCUGGGAGACUCAGAAUACACGUUCUUCUGCAACGGGGGGAAGCUAAUAGACAAACGGUUUCAGGAACUCGGAGCGCAGCAUUUUUAUGAGACAGGGCUUGCUGACGACGCUGUCGGUUUGGAGCUGGUGGCUGAUCCGUGGAUUGCUGGACUUUGGGCUGCCCUUAGCCAAGAAUGUGUGUCAAGGAAAGAAGACCCAUGCUGCUGUGACAAGACUGCAUCUCUUGGGUCAAGCAUAGACUGCAAAAUAGAACAGUUAAAACUUGGAGAUUUGACAGUGAAAAACGGCGUUCUGUCUAAAAACGGAGGAAAGGUUAACCUAGUGCCUCCCAUUCAAGAAUCUCAGCCUUCCCUUUCCCGAUCGGUGCCUCCCCUUUCACAGUCUGCUCUUAGUGUACCUGCUUUGCCACCAGAAUAUCUUGAAGUGGAGUUUCAAGAAAGCUGCAGCCAGGAAAGUUCUCCUGUCAGCCUGCCUCUGAUUUCAGAGAGCCCUCUUUUCCAAGUUCCUGUCUCAAGAGCUGUUCAACUGACAAGACAUGAUGCAGUGAAAACCACUUUGCUGUUAGAACUUGAUAUUUCUGAGACAACUUUCAAUUACCGGCCUGGCGAUGCCUUUAAUGUCAUUUGCCCCAAUGAUGCCUGUGAGGUGGAUGAGCUGCUUCACUUUUUGGGACUGUCCGAAAAGAAAGAGCAUCUUGUUUGCUUGAGGGUUAAGCCCGGCACUAAGAAGAAAGGAGCAGAUGUGCCAUGGUAUAUACCCGGAAAAAGUUCUGUGAAUUUCAUUCUGACAUGGUGUCUGGAAAUAAGAGCACUUCCCAAAAAGGCAUUUUUACGCUCCCUAGUAGAGUAUACAGCCGAUGUUGGCACAAAAAGGAGGCUUCAAGAGCUGUGCAGCAAACAGGGGGCCGCUGACUACAACACCUUUGUCAGAGACACUGGCGCCUGCCUGCUGGAUCUGCUGGGCGCUUUCCCGGCCUGCAGGCCCCCGCUCAGCCUGCUGAUUGAGCACCUUCCCAAAUUGCAAGCCAGACCCUACUCUGCUGCAAGCUCCAGUUUGUUUCAGCCUGGAAAGAUGAGCUUCAUCUUUAAUGUUCUGGAGUUUCCAUCCCAUCUAGGUGAACGGCGAAGAGGCGUUUGUACUGGCUGGCUGGCUGGGCAGGUUGCCCCGCUGCUUCAGCCAAGUAUGAAGAGCCAGAAGCCCUUCAGCCCAAAGAUCUCCAUAUCUUCUCGGCUGGUCAAUGCUUUCCAUUUGCCGGAUGAUCCCUCGGUUCCUUUUUUAAUGGUGGGCCCUGGAACCGGGAUCGCUCCAUUCGUGGGCUUCCUACAACAUCGAGAGAAGCUUCAAGAAGACCACAAAGAAUGGACUUUUGGAGAGACGUGGCUGUUUUAUGGCUGCCGCUCAAAGGCCAAAGAUUACUUGUUCCAAGGUGAGCUCCAGCGCUUUGUUGAGAAUGGCACUUUGACUCACCUGAAGGUUUCUUUCUCAAGAGACCCUCCAGCUACGGCACAGCCAGUGGCUCCGAAAUACGUACAAGAUCAUCUUCGGCUUUGUUCUAAAGAUGUUACCAGGAUUCUGCUGGAGCAGCGAGGAUAUUUAUACGUGUGUGGGGAUGCUAAGAAUAUGGCUAAAGAUGUGAACGAUACGCUAGUGGAUAUCUUAAUCGCUGAGAGAGGAGGUGAUAAACUGGGGGCGCUGAAAACACUGGCUACAUUAAGAGACGAGAAAAGAUACCGUCAGGAUAUCUGGGCCUAA